GUCGAAGGAAUUCGAAAUUCACGACAAUAUUCUUCCCAUUUGGUUCUUUUUCGAUGUCUGCGAUUGCAAGCGUAGUGGGAUUACCUUCCGUUGCUUUCACAAAGCCGGCGCGGCGGAGGGCGGCCGUGGCAAUGGCUACUCCGGUGGCGGAGAGGGCGGCGACGACGGUUGGAAGAGGGCUGUAUGGCGUGCUGGGAUUGAGCGAAGCGGCGAGCAUGGCGGACAUAAAGGCGGCGUACCGAUCACUGGCGAAGAGGCUGCAUCCUGACGUGGCGGGCGAUGCCAACACCAGGAAGUUUAUGGAAAUCCAGCGGGCGUACUCGACGCUAUCGUAUUCGGAGGAGAAGGGGAGGUAUGAUCGAUCGAUCGGGCGGGUAAGGUUGGGGAUCCAGCGAGAUGAUAGAUUUCGGCCGUCGCGGAGGUGGGAGACUGAUCAGUGUUGGUAGAAACUUUGGUUUUGAUUGGGGAUUGUGUAAUCUGUAAAUAGUAGAGAUCUGGUGGCGCUGUGGCUUUCCGGGAAGUAGAUUGAAGCUUCUAUCAGGGAUUUUUCUUUCUGAUAAUUUUCUGUUGUAAAAGGCCGAAGUGGAAAGGUAAAUUGAAA